AAACUAUAAAUGUUCUUACUACCUACAGAAAUUAAUGAUUAGGCAUUUUUACACACGGGACUUGCGCGUUCUUACACUUAUAAAGCGUAUGUAGAAAGUAUCGUGGGAUUAUAUAUGUAUAAAUAUAAAUGUCGAGUUGACAGUUUAAUUAAAUUGAAUAAAACAUUGACCUUUUUUUAAGUGCACAUGUUAAUUAUCGAACGUUCCAGAUGUUACAAAGCAUUUUAUUUUUUAUUUAGAUGCGUGUUUCAUGAUGGUUUGAAAAAAAUAUUCCUGACUGAUUCAGCACUUAGUCACAUUCGUAUUUUAAGGUUAAAAGCUUGAUGACGACAUGAUGGAAACUAGAUUGAAAGAUGAGAAUUAUUUCCAUUGUGGCUGUUACCAGUAUGGUACAGAAUUUUGAAGACACUGUUUUUCAUAUGACUAGCAGAUGCUCAGUGAAUUCUGCUACAGAGAUGCCAAUUUUAUGAAUUGUCACAAAUUAAUUAAAGGCUUAGUAAAACACCAUCUACACAUUUCAGGGAACAGUGAAAAUAUGGAUAAUCAAUUAGGAAGUAUCAUGUUGGAAAAUAGCACUGCCAUUCGACGCGUGAAGGAUGCAACUCCUGUUAAUGGUGCUCAACAAAAUGUAGAAGAGAAAAAGUCAUCUGUACCAUUUUCAGAAAACUUGGAUAAUUUGGAUAUAGAUUCAGAACAUUUAACAUUGUGGCAGCAUCCAGUUACCACAUUGAAUUAUUUUUUCCGAGAACUUUUUAAUAAUAUAUUUAGCUUAGGAGAAAAGGCAUUACAUUACAAAAAGACAGUAUGGAGUAUAGUAUCAAUAAUUGUAUUAUUUCUGAUAUUGAGCAGAAUUUCUGGUCCUCAUCAACAGAUAUUAAAAGCAUGGGAAACAAAAAUAAUUUGGUGGUUAUAUUGGAUAGGUUUAGGUGUCCUUUCUAGUGUUGGGCUUGGUACAGGCUUACACACUUUUGUACUUUAUCUAGGACCACAUAUAGCAGCUGUCACUAUGGCUGCAUAUGAAUGCGGUGCUCUUAAUUUUCCUGAACCACCAUAUCCUGAUCAAAUAAUAUGUCCAGUUACAAUUGAUCCAUUGUGGACUGCAGGAAUAUUAAAUAUCAUGAGAAAAGUACGCAUAGAAGCUAUGCUUUGGGGUGCUGGUACUGCACUUGGUGAAUUACCGCCAUAUUUUAUGGCUAGAGCUGCUAGAACUAGCAGACAAAAUAGUAGAAAUGAAGAAUUUGACCAAGAAGAUUUAAAAGAAUUAGAAGCUUUAGAAGCUUUAGAAAAUGGAGAAAAUAUAUCAUUAUUAAUUCGUGUGAAAUUAAUUAUGAAACAUUUUGUACAAAAAGCUGGAUUUUGGGGAAUUCUUGCUUGCGCUUCGAUCCCUAAUCCAUUAUUUGAUCUUGCUGGUUUGACAUGUGGUCACUAUUUAAUUCCGUUUUGGACAUUUUUUGGAGCUACACUUAUAGGGAAGGCGAUUAUAAAAAUGCACAUUCAACAACUUGCAGUAAUUAUAGCUUUUAAUGAAGAACUCUUAGAUAAAUUCAUAAAAUUGUUAGCAAUUGUACCAUUUGUUGGUUCGAAAUUUCAAGGACCAUUGAAAAAGUAUCUUAUUGAACAGAAAGAAAAAUUGCAUAACAAAACAUCGAUGGAUGGGACAACAACAAUUUCAUGGUUGUUUGAUAAAUUUGUAAUGUUAAUGGUAUGUUACUUUUUAGUAACAAUUAUUCAUGCAUUAGCAAGGAAUUAUCAUCGUAAGCGAACUAAAGAAUGUAUUGAUUAAAAUUCAUUAAAUUUAGGAUAUACAAUGUAUACAUAAAAUCAAUUAUAAAACUACGUACAGAUGAAGUUGCUAUUACAGUGCAGUAUAAUUAAGGUACUAAAAAUAAUAAUAAUAAUAUUGUGGUCGAAUUUUUAAUUGCACAAUUUCACUUUUGCAAUAUAAAUAAACCGUGAAGAAUGAAGUAUGCAAAAUUUAAUUUUUUUUGUUAAUUAUAAUUUUCUAGGAUGCUUCAGAAAUGCUUUUGUAAUAACAUAUAUACAUAUGUGUAUGUAUAUAUUUAAUAAUAUAUAUACACAUAUGUUAGGGAAAAUUUGUAUACAUUAGUAUAAUAUGAGCAUUUUACUUUCGCUAUAUUAAAAUCAUAACUUAUAAUUUCUGAUUUCUCUAGAAUUUAUAAUAUUAAUAAUGUAAAUGAUUACGAUUCUAAUGAGUUUAAAAAUGAUAUGUCCCUGUUUGAGGUAUGUGUCCUUUUUAUAAAAAUUCAAACAUAAUUUGAAAUAUUCAUAGUUAGUAAAUAAUUACUAUACUUGAAUCGAUAUACAGCAUAAAUUACGUUCAAGUAUUGGUUAAAAUAAUAUCUUUUUUUUAUAUCUAAACUGAUUAGUUUUUUAAGCAUAAAGUCAUGUAUAUGGUAACUAAUAUAUAUGAAACUACUAAUUUUGGAAGAAAGUUAUUUGGAGAGAAAGUUUAUAAUGUUCAUCAUAUAUGUACAUGAAUACAUGUAUAUUGUAUAUGUUUGAAUAUUGCAGUGAUUUUUCGUGAUUUCAUAGAAAUUAUUCAGUUCUUUCAAUAGAUCAGUAAUCAUGAUAUUGAUUUGCUUUUUUAGUUAAAACUCUUCCUCACUGUUUAUAAUAUUUUCAUUGUAAUGCAUUUAUAUUUAUAAAGUAAAUGUAACAUUACUUGUAAUUUACAAAUACUUUAAGAAUGAUAAAACUAUAAAUGAAAGAUAAAAUAUUUUUAGGCUUAAAAAAUUAUUGAUUUACAUGGAAAUUCUGUAUAUUGAUAAAGUAAUUUAUUUCCAUAUCCUAUAUAGUUAGUCAAUAUAUUUCUAUUAUACUUUAACACAACCAGAUUGGAAUUUUACAGAUUACUUUAUCGUUAUUUGACUGUUACUACAAGAGUGAUUUCAAAAUAUUUCCGCAGGAGAUAUAAGUACAAAUACUAUUUUUAAAUGAUUGUUAUUUUCUCAUUCAUGUGAUAAACUAAAAAACUUAAUGUUAUGAGAAUUAUAUCUUUAUCAAUAAUAUCAUAUAUAGAGCCACACAUUUUUAUUCUGUAUAAUAACAGUCUGUAAUUUACAUUGUUACUGUAAGAAAAUUACUCAAGGAUAUUUUCUGGGAAACAGAAUAUUAUAAAUACCAAAAUUGACAAAAAUAUUGUAAAUAAUAAACGUAUGGAAACCAACAAGCAGAAUAAUAAUAUAUAAAGUCUUCAUUGAUGGUCAGAUACUUGUUAUGUAAAAUUUAUAUGAAAACAUGAAAAAUCAUCCUUUUUUAAGUCGAAUUGUUCAUUAAACAUAAUUGAUACCUGAUGAUAGGAUUUAAUUCCUUAUAUACGAAAAUAAUAAGAUGCUGAUUUAAAUGAGGUAACGAAAAUAAUAUAUAGUUAUAUAUUAAGUUUAAAACUUAUUCAUUACUUUGUUACAAUAUCAAAAUGUAAAAGGGAAAAAAUUCACAAGAGCAUACAACAUAUAUGUGAUAAAUAUAAUUAUAAGUAAUAAAUGUUGCAAACCGUA